CGGUGGAGGCUGUGUGCUGUUUUUCAAUCGCCCAAACAAGACAGGACCGGUUGUCCAAUUGCUGACAAGAAAAUCAAAGGGUAGGAAUGGGAAUGUAUCCAAUCAGCGUCGACGUUGUUUCAGAACGUUUCAGAAGCAUGAUGGGCGAUAGAGCUACCGCCAAGGCUUUCGUUGGUGUUCGGUAGAACUCGGAGAGUCUCGACUUCAGCACGUUUUUGGUCGUGACUCGUGACGGUCAUGACGCAGACGUAGACAUGGACGCCAGUGCGCCUACAACAUGGGCUGUGUCUCAAUUCAGGGUCUGCAUCCUACGUCGGCCGGAUUCGUCGGCCGGUUACGUCACAGCGCCGCGACUAGGCCUGUCCCAAUUCAAAGACUCCUUCAAAUGCGGUCGACGAAUGCGGCCUUCUUUUCGCCUGAAUGAAGGAUGGGUCCGGUGUAUCCUUCAAUAGGUAGCAUUUCCCAAGAUGCCUUGCGGGCCGGCCAGCAGAAAAACUUAAAAACAAUGGCGGACAGUGAAGCGGGAGCUGUCGGAGAGGAUUGCGCAUAUAAAUGAACAAAAGAGAAAACCAGGGAAUUUAUUAAGCUUAGGGCAGAGAUGGACCACAUGAUCACCGGAGCAAAGUAUUCGGCGGCUGUGGCAUGGAGACUAUUCUGGAGAAAAUGGGCAUCCAGGGGAAGGUGCCAGCGAUGACCAGCUUCUGGAUCUGAUCAGGGAGGACAUGAGGCUGCAGAGGGAGGCAGAGCAGCAGAGGGCCCAGGAGAGAAGGGAGAACUUUGACAGCUUUUUACUUUGCUAGAAAAAAAUGGUUAAGGAAGAUUAAACAUGUACAUAUGAAAGAAAUAUCUAAAUAUAAUCAGUUCUGCAUUAAACUCUUGAAUUUUAUUUUUGUUUACAAAUGAGAAUUGUUUACUAGAGGGUAUCUGCUGGGUCUUGAAAAGUCUUAAAAGGUGACAAAUCGGUUUUGGUCAAAUUAAGACCCCUUAGAAAGUAUUAAAAACUAUUAUCACAUCUUUGCUCAGGCUCAGCUUGUCUAAAGUAUUUUCUCUGAAUUAGCUCUCCAACAGUCAAGGAAAUGAUUAACCCCCAGAGACCCACGGUUGUAGUAUUACAACAUCAGAUUUAAGUCCACAAAAAUAAACCUUCCCCAUUUUUUUCUUUUUAAAACCACAUUUACAUUGCUAAUAGGUCCUAUUGUUCAGUUCUGCAACACUAUUGGCUGUUAAAAUGUGUAAAUAGGCCCGUUUAUCUGGCCUCCUAGAACAAAAAGUGAAAGGUUAAAAAAAGAUUUUGCAGUUGUUUUCUAAAUUUGGGUUUCUGGGGGUUAAAAAGCUAAAUAAAGCGUCGAGCUCCAUCGUUCCUUCUCCCUUCUGCCCAGCGGUUCCACGGUUGCUAGGCGACGGAACGUUCGCCGAGGGAGUUCAUGAAGGCUAGGCCUGUCCAAAUUCACAGCCGUUAGCAUCCGGUCUACCCGGCCGACGGAGGACGCAGCCCACGUCGGCUGGGUCCUUCGAAGGAUGCAGACCCUGAAUUGAGACACAACCGGAUCUCAGCAGCCACUGAAUUCAGUUCGGUCUCUUCUCCAGUAUCCGUUCGAGAGGAGAACUAUGGUGGAAAAACUUAAUGUCAAAGAGCUUGGACCAGAUCAGCCCGACGUAAAGAUAAGCCAGCAGGAGAAGGAGAAGGGCAAACUGUACACACGACGCUUCUCCCAAAAUUGGUACACCAGGAAGGCUUGGCUAGCUGGAUGCAAUCACACUAAUACGUUAUUUUGCUUUCUGUGUUUGUUAUUCAAAACGGCUAGGAUCCACAGAAGGUGGAUGUGGAACUUGUGUCUCAUUGGGGACUCCAUUCAUUCUCUGACUGAAGAAUGCAGCGCAUCAGUGCAGCAGCCAACAAAGAAACCGAGGACAUUUGGACAGGGAGAACAGCAGCUGGGUGCAGAGAGACACAUCAGUGUUCUCGUUGAUGGUGAUACAAGUCUACUCAUUACAAAAUGCACUGAUGGUGAUUGUUUCCAGUGUCCAUUUUGUCAACACAAGGGUGUCAAAACAAUAGCUGAAUACCACAUCAAAGGCCAUUCCUCAGUUAAACACAAAGGAUUUACAAUGAUCAAGUGUGGGUUGAAUUGUCGGAAGGCAACACAUUUUCACUGCGGCUAUUGCACAGCAACAAUUAUAAACAGAAUGCAGCUGCUUCAACAUUUAGAAAUUCACCAAGAGGAGAAGCCCCAUCCAGAGACCCCAGGUGAACAUCCAGAGCCCCCAGCCAGGCACAUGAAUGGUUUCAGGAUGCUUUACUGUUGGCAUGACGCAGGACUGAUGGGAGUGCUCACCUGUUCUUCUCCGGACAAGCCUUUAUCCAGAUGCCCCAAACAAUCGGAAAGAGGCUUUAUGGGAGAAUGUGACUUUGCUCCAGUCCUCAGCAGUCCAUUCAGACUUUCUGCAGAAGAUCCAUCUGUCCCUGAUGGUUUUGGAGAGAAGUGGCUUCUUUGCUACCCUUCUUGACACCAGGCCAUCCUUCAAAAGUCUUCGCCUCACUGUGCGUGCAGAUGUACUCACACCUGCCUGCUGCCAUUCCCGAGCAAGCUCUGCACUGGUGGCAAUCCGACCCCAGAGCUAAAUCUUCUUUAGGAGACGAUCCUGGUGUUGGCUGUCAUUACUGGACGCCCUGAAGCCUUCUUGAAAAGAAUGGAACCUCUUUAAAUGAAAUUCUUUGUGAUAUUAUAAAUUGCUGAGUUAGGUGCAAUCUUAGUAGCCUCAAUAUCUUAGCCUGUGAAGCUAUUUUUCUGCAACGCAAUGAUGGCUGCAUGCGUUUCUUUGCAGGUCACCAUGGUUAACAAUGGAAGAACAAUGAUUCAGAGCAUCAACCUCCGUUUAACUUGUCAAGUCUGUCAUUCUAACCCAAUCAGCCUGACUUGAUGAUAUCCAGCCUUGUGCUUGUCAACAUUGUCACCUGAGUGAACAAGACGAUUACUGAAAUGAUCUCAGCAGCUCUAAUGACAGCAAUGAAGUGCAGUGGAAUAAUUUUUGAGAGAUUAAGUUCAUUUUGAUGGCAAAGGAGGACUAUGCAAUUCAUCUGAUCACGCUUCAUAGCAUUCUGGAGUAUAUGCAAAUUGCUAUUAUAAAAACUUAAGCAGCUACUUUUCCAGUGUUUAUGUAAUUAUGAAAACUUUUUAGCUUAAAUGUACACAAGAUAUUAUUCUUCAACACAUAUUUGAAUCUGCAUUUCCUUUUUCAAAGGAAAACAUGCGGCAAACUAGGAGAUGGUGGUGUCUUGUUCUGCUGUUCCCCAUGCCGUCUGAGGAAGACAGAGUGCAGGCACGAAAAAGAUGGAGAGAGGAAAGAGUAAAACAGGGCCUGGAAGUGGUCCCUCCAAAAGAAGUCCUGCCAUACUGAAUUAGUCUGUGCAGCAUCAGGUAUUGUUCAAACAAGUAUUAUUGUACACAACCCCCAAGGUUGUCGAAAUGGGAUGUGGGAAGAUUCAAGAUUCAACCUUUUGUCAUAUGCACAGCUAGAAAAACACGCUUUCUGCACAAUGAAAUUCUUACUUUGCCAAGAUUAGAAAAUUAAGACCGUUCCAGACAGAGCACUUUUUUUUUCAAAGCAAGUUUUUCAGUCAUUUCUCUAUUUUCAUUAAACCAGCAUACUAAGCAACUGAUCUUUUUUACAACUUGCAUUGUUAAUAUGCUUUUUAUGAACCACAGUCUUUUUCC